AACAAUUCAAUCCAUGAACUCACAGACACAGAAUCCGCUACCGGGUUUUGGGCUGUCAAAUAAAUAGGCUUUCUAGUCUACAUCCAAUAUUACCGCGUACCACAAUCUACAGCCCAAGGUUAUAUCUAAUCAAUUCCGAAACACAUCGAACAGCUGAAUAGUAGAGUAGUAGUUGUAGGGCAGGGACGUGUUUGAAUAUUGGGCAAUGGCCUCGUUUGCUCGUCAUUUGUGAAACUGAAGAGUGAUCAACAACUCCUCUAUUUGAAAAGUAAACACUGAAAAAUGGGUAAUUUGCUUCGUCUCUUGUCACGCGAAGAAGGAACUUGUUUUUCUCCUCAACGAUACGAUUUAUUCCUUGAUUUUGAAAAUGCUCAACCAACUGACGGUGAAAAAGAAAUGUUCCUUGAAGUUGAAGCUGUGCUGAAGAAAGGACAGCUAAUACUCAAUGAAAUCAGUCAGUAUCGAGGAGCCAGCAAAGAAAUUAGAGAGGCAAUUAGCAACCCAGGGGAAGAUUACCAGGAAAAGGCAAGAGAUGCUGUGUUCCCACUUGUCCAGCAAUUACGACGAUACUAUGAUUUUUCAUUAGAUAUUGAAAAAGUUGUUCCAAAGAUUCUUUCCCAGUUGUGUUCUGGUAGCAUGAGCCCUACCCAACACCUAGAGAAACAACAAGCACUGGUGAAGCAGUUUGCGGAAAUUUUAGAAUUCGUCUUGAAAUUUGACGAACAUAAGAUGACAACUCCGUCUAUUCAGAACGAUUUCAGUUACUAUCGACGAAUUGUUUCGAGACAUAGCUUGUCUGGGUCGAUAAGCGACGAACAAGAUCUUUUUAAAACUACUGAAAGCGACGAACAAAUCAGCUCAGCGUUAGCAAGUCAUAUGUCAUUAUUCUACGCCCAGCCCACACCAAUGCUCAAAGUGCUUAGCGAAGCCACAAUGAAAUUCGUCGCGGACAAUAAAGAUAUUCCCGUGGAAAACACAACGGAAACGCUGAGUACUAUGGCAAGCGUCUGCCAGAGUAUGCUGAAAGAUCCGGACUUGAUUGCUCGAUUUAUGCGCGAAGAAACGUACCUGUUUGUGCUACGAGUCAUGGUUGGUCUCGUUAUUCUCUACGAUCACGUUCAUCCGGUCGGUGCUUUCCAAAAAUCUUCCAAUGUCGAUGUUAAAGGUUGUGUUCGUGUGCUCAAGGAGCAGCCGAGUUCCCGUUCCGAAAGUCUUUUGAAUGCUUUGCGAUACACUACACGUCAUUUGAAUGACGAAUCUACUCCUAAGCACAUAAAAACACUUCUAGCGUCCUAAUUUACUGAUGUGUAACGCAUCAUCAUUAUCUCUCUGUGAAAUUUCCUGGUCAGUUCGCGCUGCAACCGGUUAACCAUUUUUUUUUCUUUUUUGCGUAUUUCGUACGGUCCAAUGUGAUCUAUUUGGAUGGCCGUGAGUUAAUUGUCGCUUUUUAACCGUUCAACCUGCCAAUCCCUAGCUGAAUUGUAAUAGUAAAAUCUACUCCCUUUUUUUCUCUCUUCAACAAUCAUCUUCAAAUUCACCCCCAUUAUUCAUGUUUUGUUUUUUUCAUGUUCCUCGAGUCUGAAGUAAAAAAAAAAAGAACGAGUAAUUUUUGCUCUUUA